UCAAUGCGCAUUCGCUCCAGUCUGCGAGCACCUCCACUUCUACAAGACUCUCUUGAAUUCAACUUUGGUGGCAGGUUAUAAAGUUUUUGAGAUGGCUCUUCAAUUCAACAUUCUGCACCUGGCCCGCAAGAGCCUGCUCCAGGAGUCUUGCAAGCAGUUUCUCCUCCAAACCCACGGGCUGCACAAGUCCGUGGCCAGCGGCUCUCUGGAGAUCGCGGCGCACAGCCAGGAGGACCUGAAGGAGGAGAACAUGGUGCGUCCCGUCGCCGAGGAACAGAAGGUGGCGAGAGUGAAGACCCUCCAAGAGAUGCCCGGACCUAGCACUAUGGCGAACCUCGUUGAGUUCUUCUACCGGGAUGGAUUCAGUCGCAUCCACGAGAUCCAGCUGGAGCAUUCUCAGAAGUAUGGGAAGAUCUUCAAAUCUCGAUUUGGACCUCAGCUGGUGGUGUCCAUCUCUGACAGAGACAUGGUGGCACAGGUUCUCAGGACUGAAGGUGUGACUCCUCAGAGAGGGAACAUGGAGUCCUGGAAGGAGUACAGAGAUUUGAGAGGAAGAUCUACUGGACUCAUCUCAGCUGAGGGUGAUGAAUGGCUGAAGAUGCGCAGUGUUCUGCGGCAGCUGAUUAUGCGACCCAAAGACGUGGCUGUUUUCUCCCCUGACGUCAACGCUGUGGUGACCGACCUGGUGGAGAGAGUGAAGACACUGCGUGGCCAGCAGGACGACAGACAGACUGUCUGCAACAUCAAUGACCUGUUCUUCAAAUACGCCAUGGAAGGCGUUGCAACCAUUUUGUACGAAACCCGCCUGGGCUGCUUGGAAAACGAAAUUCCCAAGAUGAGUCAGGAGUACAUUGCGGCGCUGCACCUCAUGUUCAGCUCUUUCAAGACCACCAUGUACGCCGGUGCCAUUCCCAAAUGGCUGCGCCCCAUCAUUCCCAAACCCUGGGAGGAAUUCUGCAGCUCAUGGGACGGCCUCUUCAGAUUCAGCCAGAUUCAUGUGGACAAGAGGCUUUCAGAAAUUAAACAGAAGAUGGAGAAGGGUGAAGAGAUUAAAGGAGGGUUGCUGACUCACAUGCUGGUCACCAGAGAGAUGAAUCUGGAGGAGAUUUAUGCAAAUAUGACAGAAAUGCUUCUGGCUGGUGUGGACACGACCUCUUUCACACUGUCAUGGAGCACAUACCUUCUGGCAAGACAUCCCAUAAUCCAGCAGGAGAUUUUUGAGGAAGUCGACCGAGUGCUGGGUGGGCGUGUCCCAACAGGAGAGGAUGUUGCUCAUUUGCCCCUUAUUAGAGGGCUCGUCAAAGAGACACUCAGGCUUUUCCCUGUUCUGCCUGGAAAUGGACGCGUUACGCAGGAUGAUCUGAUCGUAGGAGGCUAUUUCAUUCCUAAAGGGACUCAGCUGGCUCUGUGUCAUUACUCCACCUCUAUGGAUGAAGAGAACUUCCCCCUUCCCGGAGAGUUCCGUCCGGAUCGCUGGAUUCGCAAGGACGCCUCCGACCGUGUCGACAACUUCGGCUCCAUCCCGUUCGGCUAUGGCAUCCGCAGCUGCGUCGGGAGGAGAAUAGCCGAGUUGGAGAUGCAUCUGGCUCUCACACAGCUCCUGCAGAAGUUCCACAUCGAGGUGUCUCCCCAGACCGCUGAUGUGCAGGCUAAGACUCAUGGCUUGCUCUGCCCGGGAGCACCCAUCAACCUUAGAUUUGUGGACCGAAAGUAAUCUGCCAAUACGCUGUGUGUGAAUUUUAACCAUAAUCCAUAAUGUGCUUCUUGGAGUCCAAAGACUGUUAGUGUUAUUGUGUAUUAUAGUAGCUCUUCCAGCUUUUAUCCAGUGAAGAGCGUUGCUUUUAUUUAUGUAUGGAGUGCCUCUAAGACUGUUUUAAUAGUGCUCUCGUGUGAAUGUUUAUAGCCAAUCAGAAGACCAAAUAUUGUUAAAAUGUUUAGAACAGGCACUAUUUUAAAUAGUCAAAUCAAUGCGAAUUACUUGGAGAAUUGCAUUUAAAAACAAGCACAGUCAUAUGGUCAAGAAGACCUUGUAUAUAGAUGUUUUACUAUUAAAUUAGCUUUAGUGCUAACCUCAUUAUUUAUUUAACACUAUACGCUUAUGUAAGCUUACGUUUAGGUUACAAGCAGAAAAUUCCUAAAGCAAACAUGAGCGAGUAAAUCCUAUUACAACUACAAAGCUACUUUAGAAGAACGUGCUAAAAUCCUGUCCCGUGGACACUAAUAUGGAGAGAAAUACUGUGUAAAGAAAACACCUCAAAUCACAGCGGCGUCUGUCUUGAUUUCAGUGUGGCUAUAAUCAUCUGAUUUGUUAUUCAAGAGCGAUGAUUUUGUGUUGGUUCCGCUAAAACUCUUCAGUGGAAAACACCAAAUGCAAAGUGCUAAAUUGUGCCUCUUUUUUUUUUUUUAGUGCACUAGCCUUAUAGGCAAUAGAUGGAUAAUGGGAAAUGGUGAAAAUGAACUACUUUUUUUGGACAAGAUGAAUGUUGUUUUUGAAGGUUGUGAACUUACUUAGUAUUGCAAGUUACUGAAUUUUGUACAAAUAAAAUAACUUUGAAGA